AUGAUGAAAGAAGAAAUCACCAAAAUAAUCUAUGUGGACAAGCCCCGCGCCGUUAAGGAUCCUGACUAUGCCCGCUCCUUGAGCAAAACACCUUCGUUCUGCGUCUACGAUGAACGGUUCAUAAAAGAUGUCCUUGGGCCCGAGCCAAAGAUACAGUUAAUCGAAGAACGAAGGGAAAAGGGAGAGCAAUUCGCACAUGAAGCGGGAGUAUACAUCCGUGAGACCAACUCGGUGUAUUUCACAUCCAACUUCCAGACCUGCGAUCCUAUCGAUCUAUACGCCAUAAACUGCAGUACUCACAAAAUCGAAAAACUGGAUUAUCCAGAUGUCGUGCAGGCAAACGGAGCAUGCAAUUUUCCUGGCAAAUCCGCGUCUCUCUAUUCACCUGGUUCUGUGAAUGGAGACGAAGAACCUGACCGUAUCCUUUAUUGCUCCCAGGGUGACCAUUCAACUCCAUCUGCCCUUGUGCUAGUUAAUCCAGUCACCAAGGAGUCCGAGAUCUUGCUCAACAACUUUUACGGCCGAGAAUUCUCCUCUGUCAAUGAUGUGGUGAUCCACCAUGGCACAGGAGACGUUUGGUUUACGGAUCCAACGUAUGGUUAUGAGCAGGGCUUCCGUCCCGAUCCUAUUCUACCAGCACACGUAUAUAGAUUUCGACCAUCUACAAAGGACUGCUAUGUCCUAGCUGAUGGAUUUGAUAUGUGCAAUGGGCUCUGCUUUAGUCCGGACUAUUCCUUGCUGUACGUUACUGAUACAGGGGCUGUGAAGGCUCGAAGUCAUUCUGGAGAUGGACGCAAGUUCCAAGCCAACCAUAAGAACGCUGGGACGAUAUAUGUUUAUGACGUGAUCGAUGAGGGGACACGGAUUGCCAACCGGCGGACCUUUGCAUUUUGUGAUUUGGGGGUGCCUGACGGGAUCAAAUGUGAUGAGAAUGGCUAUGUAUAUUCCGGCUGUGGAGAUGGAGUUCAUGUUUGGGCUCCGGAUGGGACUCUGAUUGGCAAGAUAAUUGUUGGAUGCACCACGGCAAAUUUCUGCUUCGUUAAGGGCGGAAUCUGGAUGUUCAGCGAGAAGGACUUAUAUUUCUGCAAGCUCCAGGCGGCGACAGGAGCGUUGGUUAAGAUUGAGUGUGAGUAG